AACAUUUUUUUUUCUUGUCUUCUCACAUCGUUGAUACCCACGUCCAACAAACAUCCUUCGACAAGCGAUACAAACUUCACCACCAUAGCACGAGCACAGCAUGGCGUCUAGAAUGGUACAAGCCCUCGCCACACCUCUCCUACGUAUCGCAAUCCCCGGUGCCGCUCUCCAAACACCAAUCCGUCUGCUGCGUAAUCCAGUCUUCCUGCGCGCCGCACAUUCGAUUCCCAGACCACCACGAAAAGUAUCAGAAACAUCUCCUGCUACUCAAACAAAGGAUGCAUCAGGCGACCAGAACGUACCAACGACACCAAAGCGCCCGUUCCUAGACAACGCCUACUACCAGCUCAGCUUUACCUGCAAGCCAUGCAGCAACCGAUCGCAGCACAGCAUCUCCAAGCAGGGUUACCACAAGGGGUCUAUCCUUAUCACCUGCCCGAGCUGCCGUAACCGACAUGUCAUCAGCGACCACCUGAACAUCUUUGGCGAUCGAAAGGUUACAAUCGAAGACAUCAUGCGCGAGCAGGGCCAGCUCGUCAAGAGGGGUAGCUUAGGCGAAGAUGGCGAUAUUGAGUUUUGGCCUGAGGAGAAGUAUGCCGAAGAAGCCGCCAAGACAGAAAUUUCAGGAAAAUCCAGCGCAUGA